AUGAGGGAAACUGACACCUCCCCCUGUGACCACUCCUCUUCAGCCAUGGAGGAAGACUUGCUGCCCCUGGUCAUGACCUCUGACCCCAGGCCCUUUAACCAACAACUCCCAGAGCCUCCAGACCCAAGAUGUGUCUUGGAACCCCAGGACAGUCCUGAACUGGCACCCAUCCUAGUGUGUGCCCUUUGCUGCUGCUUUGGAAUCAUCUACUGCUGCUUCGGCUACCGCUGCUUCAAGGCAGUGAUGUUUCUCUCGGGCCUGCUGUCAGGAGCUCUGGUGAUCUUCCUGUUGUGCCACAAGGAGCGGGUGCUGGAGACACAGCUGAGCUUGGAGGUGAGCGCGGGCAUUGCGCUGGGCAUUGGACUCCUCUGCGGCCUGGUCACCAUGCUGGUUCGCAGUGUCGGGCUCUUCCUGACUGGUCUCCUGCUAGGCCUGACCCUGGGCGCUGGAGCCCUGUUGGGCACUGAGCCCAUCUACCAACCGCCUUCAGCCUGGGUCCCAGCCGGGGGCCUGGUGGGGCUGGCACUGCUGGGAGCCCUGCUCACCCUUCGGUGGCCGCGCCCGUUCACAGUUCUCGGCACAGCCCUGCUGGGUGCUGCAGUGCUGGUGGCCUGUGCUGACUUCUUCCUGGAGGGGCUGGCACUAGGCAGUCGGCUGAGCCAACGGCUGCAGGCACUUCCAGCCCUGCCUCCUCUCUGCUGGUAUAGCUGGGUCUUACUCGGGGCCUGGCCAGCCCUGGGAGCUCUUGGGGCCCUGGCCCAGUGGAAGCUCAUGGCUGAGGAACAUGGAGGCCACGCCAAUGCGGUAGUCUUGAGCCGGCAGCAAAGGCAACUCCAACUCCUUCGGAUCCGUCAGCAGGAGGCCAAGUGGCACCGGACCGGCCCUGGGGUGGGGCUCUCUGAGGGCAGUUACCACCGCCAGCUGCCUCCCAAUGCCCGGAGCCCUGCUGACAGCCUGGCUCCAGUGAGUGGGGCAGGCACCCUGGGGGGAAGGGGCAGAGGGUACAUGGGGAUGGCCAGGGUGGAAGGGGACUCUGACUUGGGCCCCUCCUCCCACCCUCUCUGCCCUGUGCCCCUCCAGAGUUAUCUCCAGAGCCUUCGAGAGCGCCACCUGGGGCCAGGCACCCAGGCCACUGCUGCCCACACCAUCCUGGACCUGGAUUCUGACUGUGGUUCCACCGUUCCCCUCACCACACCUUCUGUUUCCACCUAG